CUAGCUUCUCUCUCCUCCCCCUCCUCCUCCUCCUCUCUCUCUCUUUCUCUCUCUCUCUCUCUCUCUCAUUGCUGUCUUCUCUCUUGUGACUGCUGGAUGUGAUUCUCCACCACCUGCUAGCUAGGUAGAGGACUCCACCACCUCGCCCUUCCUUCUCCCCUGAUUGUUUCCUUUUCUUUGCAAACACAAAUCCUCAACAAGCAAAAGUGCAAAUUCUAGAGAAAAGAUCUGAAUUCAGCAGCAAAAAAGCUGGAGUUAAGGGGGGGAGAGAGAGAGGAAAUAUAUCCACCACACUAACUGGCUUCCAUGGUGUUCCCUCCAGCGGCUGCAUACCUAGAUCCGCCUAAUUGGAAUAACCAGCAAGGUCAGCAGCAGCGGACGACGGGCGGUGGCGGAGUAGGCGAUGCACAGCAUAUGCCAGUGGGUCCGACGGCGGGUACGGCGGCGGGGACGCCCGAGGUCGGUGGGCUGCCGAGAAGCUCAGCGGCCAAUGAAGCCGCGGCCGGGCAGCAGGCGAGGCCAAAUUCCAUGACGGAGCGCGCGCGGAUGGCGCGGGUGCCGCAACCGGAGCCGGCGCUCAAGUGCCCGCGGUGCGACUCCACCAACACCAAGUUCUGCUACUACAACAACUACUCCCUCUCGCAGCCCCGCCACUUCUGCAAGGCAUGCCGCCGCUACUGGACGCGCGGGGGCGCCCUCCGGUCCGUCCCGGUGGGGGGUGGGUGCCGCCGAAACAAGCGCUCGUCCAAGUCAUCCGCCGGCGCCGCGUCCUCGUCCAAGCCAUCUUCUUCUUCAGCCAGGCAGCUGCCCGGUGGCGCGUCAUCUAUGCCAUCAACCGCGGCGUCCACCACCUUGGGGGCCGACGGCGCAUCAAUCCCUCCGGGUCUCAGCUCCAUGUCGCACCACCUGCCGUUCAUGGGCGCGAUGCACCCGCCGGGGGCCAACCUAGGGCUAGCCUUUUCCGCCGGCCUCCCGCAGCUCGCCAUGCAGCAGCAGCACCACCACAUGGACGGCGUGGAUCAGUUCCCUCUGGCCAGCGGCGGGGGCGCCACCUUUGGCGCGUCACUGGAGCAGUGGCGGGUGCAGCAGCAGCAGCAGUUCCCGUUCUUGGAACUUCCACCGGCGCCGCCCAUGUACCAACUGGGGCUGCAAGCUAAUCGGGCAGCAGGGAGCAGCGCAGCGGCACCCGCACCGUCGCCGGCGAUGUUCACGUUAGGGCAGUCUAGUGCAAGCACAGCGAGGCGCGACGAAGGGUCAAUGAAGCAGGCGGACAGCAAAGGGCAAGAGAUGACCUUGCAGAGGCAGUUCAUGAUGGAGGCUCUACGCCAAGGGGAUGCCGUCUGGGGUGGCAACGCCAGCGACAAUAACGGCAAUGGCAGUGGCAGCUGGACCAUGAACAUCCCCGGAUUCCAUUCCUCGUCGGGCGGUGGCGACGGCGGCGGUCUGUUGUAGUAUACACCGCAGUUUCUUGGUCAAUCGGCUCGGAUGCACAUGCAUGGCUUGAGCAGGAGAGUGCUAAAUUAAAGAAGGGGUUCAUGCUUUAAUUCUUCAUCAGGUACUAGUACUGUAGAAGCGCUGCUAGCUCAUGAUGGUCUAAGGUAGGGGAUUCAAGUUAAAGUUGCUCCUUGGUUAACACUUUUGCACCAUUUGGUCUGCCUGUGUAGUACGUGUCCAUUGUGUUAUAUACCUUUAAAAACCUUUUCACACUUACAUAUGGAUGGAUAUAUACUUAAAUGAUGGGUAUAUAUGGUCAUAUGUUUUUUCAUUUACUUGGGAAUUGGAGAUUGGUUAAUUAGAUUGUGUUCAGUGCAAACUUGCAUGAAAUGAAUGUAUGAUUGAUUUGUUUUUA